CCGUCAGGGGGCCUAGAAGCUCCACAUGGACCACAGCCUUCCUGCGCCGGCUGCCCAGCCUGGGGAGGGGCUCUGGAACCAGUCCACCACUUCCAGAAGAUUCAGAAAGUUGAUUCACAUUUCAUUUUUGAGCAACUGCUCUCGCAUCUCUUUGCCGGUGUGACCUGACCUCUUCCAACCUUCUCCCCACCCUCACAUCCCCUCUAUGCCUUCCAUCAACCCUUUGGUCACUUCCCUAAUCGCGCGUCUGGGAGGCAGACUCCCCCUCCCCCACCCAGAGGGCUGCCAGUCUCCUUUCUAGUACACCCGUUCCCCUCCCCGCACUUCCCCUCUCGGGUUCUCCCAGAAAUGGGCGAGAGAGCGAGCGGCAAACUUUCAGAGGUCCCGGAGACAGGCUGUGCGCCGCCCGCCCCAGGCGCGCGGGAGUGAGUGAGAGUGUGUGUGUGUGUGUGUGUGUGUGUGUGUGUGUGUGUGUGUGUAUGUGUGUGUCUGCGCGCGCGAGCGCGCGUCUGAGUGUGUAAGGGGCCGAGGCUGGAAAGGAAAGCGGCCGCCUCGCGGAGAAGGAAGGAGCCUCCCCCUUCCUCGUCGCCCCCCUCCCCACUUCCCGUCCAGCUUGCUGUCGCUUCCCCCUCCGCGGGCCUCGGGGCGCACGGAGCCUUCCCACGGCCGAGAAGCUGGAGGAGACUGUGGGGUGCAUGCUGGGCGGGGGACCCCAAGGCGCCCCGGCCGGUGGCGGCGGGGGCCACUGCGCAGCAGUGGCCCCGAGUGCCCGUAUUUCUUCUUCGGGAGACAGACAUGCUUUCCCCACAAGGCCCUGGGAUCAUCAAAUCAUUGGCACCCGGGAUUGCUUACCACCUGCAGCGUCUUUUCGGAGGAGGCGGCUGGCACGGAGGCCGGGCUACAUGAGAGGCACAGCUGGGCCCCAGAUCGGGUUUCUCUACCCAGCAGUGGCCACUCCGUUACGGGCCCAGGGAGCGGUGUGCGGGGAGGAGUCCCUCCAGUCUGAGUCCAGGGCCAGACACUGUGGCCUUGAACUUGGAGGCCAGUGGCGAGGCCCCUCUGUUGGGAGCCCAGCAGCCUCAUCUCUGACCAUUGUGGGCCACCCAGGCCUGGCUCUGACCGCUGUGAGGGGACCCUCGGGGCUCUUUGGGAUUCAGCUCAGAGCUGACACCAAACUACCUGCCAGGCUCACCAGGUCGUGUGGCCCUGGGGACACUGGGUGGCAGGGGGCGCUCCCACCCAUGGACAGUUCUGAGGCCCCAGGCCCUGGCCGGGAAGCUGCCGGCGGUGAAAGAGCAAAGGGCACCUGGACAAAAGGUUGUCUGUCCUCAGAGGAGGGGAAUGGCAGCAGGUGCAACCUUGAAAGUGGCCCCAGGGUCCCCUCUGCCCCGGCCGGCUCUCAGGAUGGCUUCACCUCCAGCUUUAGCUUCAUACGGCUCUCGCUCAGCUCUGCUGGGGAACGUGGGGAAGCGGAAGGCUGCCCGCCGUCCAGAGAUGCUGAGGCCCCUUGUCAGAGCCCCGUGGAGACGGAAGCCAAGGACGCCAGCUUGGACAGGCCCCACGCACACCCUCGACUUCUCUCUCCCCACUUCAACGUCAAGGCUGCUCAGAGCCUGGCCGACCCUGCCCAGAUGGCAGCAGGCAGCCCCCGGCUGGAGUGUGAGACGCGUUCUUUACCGGACGUGGACACUGCCUCCUCCUGCCCCCUGGUCCCCUCGUGGUCAGAGGGCAGCGGCGUGGGGGAUGCUCCCCGUUGGGAAACACUACUCAGGAGGUGCGAGCCUGUGCUGCUGGACUGCCUGCUGAGUGACCAGAGGCAGCUGGAGGUAAAGUCCUUAAGAUUAAAGCUUCAGAAACUUCAAGAAAAAGCAGUUGAGGAAGAUGAUUAUGACAAGGCCGAGGCGUUAAGACACAGAUUGGAAGAGCUGGAGAAGGAGAAAGGCAGCCCACACUUCCAGCUUCCUUCGAGGCAGCCGGCCCUCUGCAGCCUCCUGGGCCACCUGGACGCACAGGCCCAGGCAGCCUUGCGCCACAGGGCCUCCCAGCUGGCCAGCAGUGACGGCGCCCAAGCCCUGCUCAGAAUGGAGCCAAAGCGGUUCGAACCCACUGCCCAGGACGCCCUGCGUGUGUCCAUCACCAGACGAGACUGGCUUCUUCAGGAAAAGCAGCAGCUGCAGAAAGAAAUCGAAGCUCUCCAAGCAAGAAUGUCUGUGCUGGAAGCAAAAGAUGAGCAACUGAGAAGGGAAAUAGAAGAACAAGAGCGGCUGCUCCCGUGGCAGGGCUGCGACCUGGCCGCCCUGGUGGGCAGGCUGUCCCUGGGCGAGCUGCAGGAGGUCAGCAAGGCCUUGCACGACACCCUGGCCUUAGCCAACCAGAUUCCCCUCCAUGCAGAACCACCUGACGCUGUAAGGAGCCUCCGGGAACGGAUAAAAACCCUCAACUUGUCACUGAAGGAACUCACCGCUAAGGUGUGUAUGAGCGAGAGAAUCUGCAGCACUCUCAGGAAGAGAGUAAAUGAUAUUGAAAUCCAACUGCCGGCGCUGCUUGAAGCCAAAAUGCUAGCCGUAUCAGGAAACCAUUUCUGUACAGCCAAGGAGCUCACGGAGGAGAUGAGAUCACUAACAUCGGAGAGGGAAGGGCUGGAGGGACUCCUCGACAAACUGCUGCUGCUGAGCUCCAGGAAUGCCCAGAAGCUGGGAAGUGUGAAGGAAGACUACAGCAGACUGAGAAAGGAGCUGGACCAGGGGGAAACUGCCCACGGGGUACAGCUUGGUGGCAUUGAGUACAUUCACUUGUCGCGCAACCAUCACCUCCAUCUGUCUCCGGACAUUUUCAUCUCCUUAGACUGAAAGUCUGUCCCCAUGGAACAGCAAAUUCCCAUUCCUUCCCAUCCCUCCCUCCGCAGCCCUUGGCAACCACCAGCCCACUUUCUGUCUCCACAGAUUUGACUAUCCUGGGUACCUCAUGUAAGUGAAAUUGUACAGUAUUUGUCCUUUUGUGACGGGCUUAUUUCACUUAGCGUCAUGUCCUCAAGGUUCAUCCAGGCUGUAGCCUGUGUCAGAACUUACUUUUUUUUUUUUAACGCUGAAUAAUAUUCCAUUGUGUGGAUAGACCAUCGUUCGUUUAUCCAUUUAUCCACUGAUGGCCAUUUGGGUUGUUUGUACCUUUUGCCUCUUGUGUAUAAUGCUGCUAUGAACAUGGUUGCUGCUGCUGAUUUUUAAAGGAUAAGUAUAUCCCAUGUAUUUUUGGGAUAUACUUACAUUAAAAAUUAUUCAUUGUUCAUCUGAUAUUCAAAUGAACUGGGCAUCCUGUAUUUUAUCAGGUAAUCAUACCUGGUUAAGAACCAUGACCCUAGGCACUACCUUCCUUCCUCAGGCCCUGGCUUGGGGCUGCAUGGACAGCAGUUGAAUUUAGGAUUGCCAUGUACAACUUACAUGUUAAAUCCUGGGUAUUCCCAGACUUUGAGCACCGUGCAGCACAUGCAGAGCAAGGUGGGCAUGGUAGCAUUUGCUUUCUUCAACUUUGUGAGUCAACAACUGGGGAAAGGUGAUGCAGCUGCUGACCUUUCACUUUGAUUUGCUUCUCACCCACUUUAUCUGGUAAAUUAAUGUUUAUUAAGGUGUUUAUCAAGAGAAUAAUAUCACGAUCGAAUUCUUCAAAGAGUCAAGCUAAAGAAACAAGUUGGGGUCCUCACUGUCCACUGGUCUCCAUUACAAAUGAUCCCUUUCUUCCCGUUUUGCAUUGUCUACCACCCAGAGAAAGCCACUUAAUAGAUUACUCUUACCUGAUUGAGGACGGUUGAGUGUGGCCACCUAGAACUUUGCCUCUGAGGCACGGGGACUUGGGUGGACCCUGGCUGCGCCACCCACUUUGGGCAAGGGGCUUACUCAGCUUCAGUUUCCUAUCUGUAAUAAACAGAUGACACAAAUGCCUUCUCCAGUGGGGUCACCCUAAGAGAUGACGGAAAUAAUACAGAUAAUGCUCCCUCUGUGGGAAUAUCUGGCCGGUGGCAGGUGCUCAGCUAAGCUUAACUGUGGAGCUGGGGUGAGGUUUCGAUGACACAAAGAUAGCGAUAAUUACUAGCAUUUAUUAAGUGCUUGCUGUGUUCUGUGACCAAGCCUAAAGGUCUUAGGUGCAUUGUUGCACUGAAUCCUUACACUGAGCCCCGGAGGCUUGUGUCAUCAUCAUGAUUCCUUUUCCCAGGUGAAGAAUGUGAAGCACAGAGACGUUUAGCUUCCCUGAGGGUGAGUCUACUGAGUGGCAGAACUGGAAUUUGUGUCAAAGCAUCCUGAUUCCAGAGUGAAUAGCCAUCCUGACACUCAGCGACACAUCAGCCUGGGAGACGAUGCUUCUGGAAGGAUGUAGAAGUGACACAUGCGGGGGAAACUGAGGCAGGAGGUGAUGUGAGGUCAGCCAGGACAACCCUGGAGGUAACCUUCCUUCAGAAUUUCUGGAGAGGUGCUUUAGAGCCCCUUGAGCCCAGCCCUCAGGAAGGAUGCUUUUUUCCAGAACGCCUUCUGUGCUUCCAACCUACUCAGAAAAAUCCAACUUACAAAACAUCAUCUGAGCAGCACCAAGGACUCCAGCCACCAACCCCCAACUUGAGGAAAUGCAAUAUUUAUUUUUCACAAAAGCCAAAAUGGUUUUAAUCUACCUACACUGGCUCAGAGGAGAAGUCAGCUGGUGCCCACGUGGCUCUCCUGCACCACGGUUUCCUGGGGCCCUCCCCCCACAUCUGCUCUCCUGAGGGCUCCCUCCUCCAUCUCACCCCUGCCACCAGGUGUUCGGAGGUGUCGGCAGUUAAACUUUUGAUUGAAAAUUUUGCCUCAUCUUUCUUUCCUUCGGCGAUGUUUGGCUUUGGGGCCUCGAAAGGAGCCUUUGGUCCCUGGGCUGCUGUAGACAGACAUCACCUCACCUGGUAUGUGUUUCUCCACUGAAAAAAACUUUGCACCAACUCCUGCACCCUUUCAGACUCACCCCGUGGAGUGCACGUUCAGGCUGUUUCUUGGGGCUUCUUCCCGAGACAGCAUCUCUCAGGGGGGUAUGGAUUCGGUCAUCAUGAGUUUCCAGUGUUGCAUCAUUGCUGAAAGGAUGUCAGCCGUCAGCUCUGGCUUACAAGAUCUUCCUGUUAAGACUUUAUAUAGGGUGUCAGAUGGUGAAAACCAGAGCAGCCCGGGAAUGAGAAACGAGAAUUCUGCUUCUGUGCGGCUUUGUCUUUCACCAAGCGCCCUGUUCCCACAAGAGGAGGCCCGAUGGGAGGUUAGGGGAUAUGUGUCUGGCUUCCAAAGUCACAGAUCGGAGCGUUCUUUUGUAUUCACUUGACAAGUCCUGCGUGUGCCCCUUUACCUGUUCUCUCCCGUAUUAUGAGCCUAAGGGUGGCUUAUUUCAACAUCUUUGUAUUUUCUCUGGAAGCUCAAUGGGAAUUUAAUCACAGAAUUUAGGGAGCUUGUCAUAUAAAUACAUGUAAAGUGAAAAAGAUGAACUUUUCCCCCGGGUGAGUAAGGGCAGCAAUCAAUCAAAGGAAAGCACCGGGAGAAGGAACGGAGGGAACGCCUCCCUCCCUCCUGGGACCACCUGUCCCGGGGAGGACAGCCCACACAUGGUGUGGCAGAGCAGACACAGCUGAACAUACAAGCGAGGCUGCGUGCUUGCUCACAUGUUGGAGCUGGAAGGGUAAGGAGCAUUCUUGUCGAAGAAGGCGCGUGUGAGCACCAGAGUUUUGGGACAAAAAUAUUUCUCCUGGAACAUCUAUCGAAACAUUUGUGUGAUGUGCAGCAGAGUGUGUGUGGGGUGGGUGUGAAUAUAUCUGCGUAGGUAAAAUGAGGAUAAUGUGAACAAUCCGGGGGAAGAAGGGAAGGGGUGAUAUUGGGAAUCCUAAUUUUCGUUAGAGAGACGCGCGUGGAGGUGCUCACAGCCAGGCGGAAGGAAAAAAGGCAACGUUUCUGUCAAUACAACAUUUGCAACAGGAUUUUUUUUUUUUUUUAAUGAUUCUUUUGCUCCGAUUGUUGGGCUGGCACCAGUCAGUUCAACAUUUGUCUUACGGAUAAGGCGAGGUUGGGAUGGCAUUAUAUAUGGCCAGGUCAUUGGACUUGGAGGUUCAUCUUUACGGUGAGCUCAUCUGGAAGCUCUGCCUCUUCCUCUGUAGUCCUUCUGCAGAGUCAGAAUGGUAUGCAGUUAAGAAUGUGUGGGGCCUAGAUCCCAGCUCGCUAUUUGCAGGACCUUCACUAGUUUGCAUACUGCUCUGGCCUCAGUUUCUUGUCUAACAGAAUCACCAACUCUGCGGUGAGGCUACCCACCUAGCACGAUCUUCCGAGCACUAGAACGGUCUGAAGCUGGCAUGGCUUCCAUCAGGGAGUUGAGAGCUCCCUUGCUCGGGAGCUGGUCAAGCUGCUACUGAAUGGUCGGUGUUGGGGAUGUUGCAGAGAAAGUUCGCAGGUGGAGGGACAAGAUGACCUCAGAGGUGUCCUCCAUCAGUGAGAUAACACACGAAGAGUGCCUCCUCUUAUACCUGUGAUGGGGUACAUCGUUCCCCCCCACCGACUCCUGCCCAAAGAUAUGUCCAAGUGUUAACCCCUGGUACCGGUGAAUGUGAACCUAUUUGGAAAUAGGGGCUUUGAAGAGAUAAUGAAUUUAAGUAUCUCAAGAUGAGAGCAUCCUGGAUUUGGGGCAGACCCUGAGUCCAGUGACUGGUGUUCUUUUACGAGAAAGGAGUGGGAGACUUGAGGCACUGAGACCUCCAGAGGGGAAGGCAGAGAUGGGAGAGAUGCGUCUGCAGGCCCAGGAACACCAACGGUUGCUGGCGACCACCAGCAGCCAGGUGAGAGGCGUGGAACAGAUUCUCCCUCAGAGCCUCCAAUGGGAACCAACCCUACCGCACCAUGAUUUUGAACUUCCGGCUGCCGGAACUGCGGGACGAUACAUUCCUGUUGUUUUGAGUGACCACUGUGGUAUGAUGCUAUAGCAGCCUCAGGAAGCUGAUGCAAUACCUGACCCCUAAGAAGCGCUCCAUGAUGACAAGCUCUUCCAGGUACCACUGCUAUGACUAACAGCAGUAGGUCUGUGUGUUCCUGCAGAGAUCAGUUAUUCCACUUCCAAGAACAUUCCCAACCCUGGAUUGUUGUUGUCGGUUAACUCCCUGGAAGUAAAAGCUCUUCUACAAACCCUGCUUGUCGAUAGACUUAAGAGGACAGGACGUACUUAUUUAGGGGUAGCAAAUUAAGACCUUUAGGAUUAGUGGCAUGUCUCGACAGCCCAGACCCAUGUGAGAAGUAGGUUUACGUAAAAAGCACUAGUGUGUUUUCUACGUGAAGUGUGGAACAUAAAAUUCAGGAGAGUCCCGUUCAGAAUGCCAGGCCAGGUAUCACAACGUCUGUUAUGGCAGGGGCAAGGGCUCUUACCGGAAAUCUGUCCUCGCUACACAUUUCUUCUGUGCUCAUGGCUCAGGACAGCUGGAUCUGGAGGUUUAGCUGUUGCAAUCACAAUUUUUAUAAACUUGGUGAUGAGUCUCAGGCUCACCUAUCUGUACCUGACCCAGUUUCAGUGGCUACCUUUGAGUCUGCAUGUUGAGAGAUCAGGCCGAACAGAGAACUGAGGGAGUAACAGCACUUUUACGCACAGUAGGAGAAAAGCCAAGGGGAACAAAAGAGAAAGGAAGCUCUUUGGAUGUGAAGGCAGGGGCAGAGAUUUAUCCUUCACUAAAUCUAAGGACUGAAAGCCUGAUGGAGGGAGGGUUCAAAUGUGAAUUCAAUUCUCAUGCUCCUUUCGUGACCUCCUUUAAGGAAGGCCAGCUUUGAGGAAUGAGGCUUUCCCAAGGGGAUGAUACAUUGUCUUCAUCACUUUAUGUACUUUUCUCAGAAGUCCAUUGGUUUCCUGGAAUUUUUACUUAGAAUUCCAGAUAGUCCAACAAUAAGUUUUCAAGGGCCAUGGUUUUUACCAAUAAAAUGAAUGGCAGAUGU